GCAGCCGCAGGUCGCCGGCAUGGCUGAGGCCAGGAAGCGGCGGGAGCUGCUUCCCCUGAUCUACCAGCAUCUGUUGCAGGCCGGCUUCGUGCGCGCGGCGCGGGAAGUGAAGGAGCAGAGCGGCCAGAAAAGUUUACCGGCUCAGCCCGUAACCCUUCUGGACAUCUAUACACACUGGCAACAGACCUCGGAGAUUGGCCGGAAGCGGAAGGCCGAGGAAGAUGCAGCACUGCAGGCCAAGAAGGCCCGAGUGUCAGACCCCAUUAGCACUUCGGAGAGCUCGGAAGAGGAGGAGGAGGAGGCAGAAGCUGAAACCACCAAAGCCACCCCGAGAUUAGCUUCCACCAACUCCUCGGUCGUGAAGGCGGUUUUGCCAUCAAGCCUGAAAGAAAAAGCCCAGGCAAAGACCAAGAAAGUCAACAAGACAGUGAACUCCACACCACACCCUGCCUCCGGGAAGGCAGUGGCCCCCCUCCUCUCCGGGAAGUCACCUAAAAAGUUGACAGGGCUCUCAGCAAACACCAUCCUGGUCUCAGAAACUGAGUCAUUGGGCAGCGUCCCAGCCCUCGGAACCACUGCCAAGCCUGGAAUGGCACCAGCAGGCCAGGUCGAUAGUUCCAGCGAGGACACCUCCAGCGAUGAGACGGAUGUGGAGAUGAAACCCUCAGUAAAACCACCACAGGUCAAAGCCUCGCCAGACCCUGCCAAGGAGUCUCCAGGGAAAAGGGCAGCCCCCACCUCCGGGAAGACAGGGCAUGUGACAUCCCAAGUCAGAGGAGGUGCCCCAACCCCAGCCAGUGGGGCCAAGAAGCCCGAGGAGGCCUCGGAGAGUAGCGAGGAGGACUCGGAGAGUGAGGAGGAGGCCCCUACGGGGAAACCCAACCAGGUGAAGGCCUCGGGGAAAACCCCCCAGGUUAAAGCUGCCUCUGCCCCCGCCAAGGAGUCCCCCAGGAAGGGAGCUGUCCCAGCACCCGCUGGGAAGGCAGGGCCUGCAGCACCCCCUGGGAAGGCAGGGAGGCCCGAGGAGGCCUCGGAGAGCAGCAGCGAGGAAUCGGACAGUGAGGAGGAGGCGCCAGCCGCCAAGGCUCCACUUCAGGCAAAGCCCUCGGGGAAAACCCCCCAGGUUAAAGCUGCCUCCGCCCCCACCAAGGAGUCCCCCAGGAAGGGAGCUGUCCCAGUACCCCCUGGGAAGGCAGGGAGGCCCGAGGAGGCCUCGGAGAGCAGCAGCGAGGAAUCGGACAGUGAGGAGGAGGCACCAGCUGCCAAGACUCCAGUUCAGGUGAAGCCCUCGGGGCAAACACCCCAGGUCAAAACUGCUUCAGCCCCCACCAAGGAGUCCCCCAGGAAGGGGGCUGUCCCGGCACCCCCUGGGAAGGCAGGGCCUGCAGCAGCCCAGGCCAAGGCAGGGAGGCCCGAGGAGGCCUCGGAGAGCAGCAGCGAGGAAUCGGACAGUGAGGAGGAGGCGCCAGCAGCAGCGCCUGUAACCUCAAACCUGGCUCAGGCAAAGCCCUUGGGAAAAAACUCUCAAAGCAGAGCUGCCUCAGCCAUGGGACCCUCUGGGAAAGGCACUGUCCCCGUACCAGCUGGGAAGGCCGGCUCUGCAGCCACCUUGGCUCAGGCCCGGAAGCAGGAGGAGGACUCUGAGAGCAGCAGCGAGGAGUCAAGCAGUGACGGGGAGAUGCCAGCAGUCGUGACCUCGGCCCAGGCAAAGUCCUCCGGGAAAGUCCUCCAGGUCCGAUCUGCCUCAAAUCCCAUCAAGGGGUCCCCUCAGAAGGCAGGGCCUGCAGCCACUCAGGUCAAGGUCAGAAGGUCCAAGGAAGAAUUGGAGAGCAUCAAGGAGGAGUCAGACAGUGUGGAGGAGGCGUCUGCAGCGAUGACUCCCACUCAGGCAAAACUGGCUAUAAAAACUCCUCAGACCAAGGCCUCCCCAAGGAAGGGCACUCCCAUUACCCCUGCAUCUGCCAAGGUCCCCCCAGUGCAAGUUGACACACCAGUUCCCUGGAAAACAAGAACAGUGACUUCGCCAGCCUGCGCAUCAUCCCCAGCCUUGGCCAGGGGUGCCCAGAGGCCAGAGGAGGACUCUUCAAGCAGCGAGGAAUCAGAGAGUGAGGAGGAGACGGCUCCUGCCACAGCAGGGGGACAGGCUAAGUCUGUGGGGAAAAGCCUGCCAGUGAAAGCUGCCUCAGCGCCCACCAAAGGACCCUCAGGACAAGGGACCACCCUGGGACUCCCUGGGAAGGCAGGGCCUAUGGUGGCCCAGGUCAAAGCUGAGACGCACGAAGACUCAGAGAGCAGUGAGGAAGACUCAGAAAGUGAAGAGGCUGCCUUGGCUCCAGCCCAGGUGAAGGCCUCAGUGAAAACCCCUCGGACCAGUACCAACCCCGCUUCCACCAGAGUGGCUUCAGCCAAAGGGGUAACAUCCGCUCCCAGGAAAGUGGUCACUGCAGCUGUUCAAGUUAAACAGGGGUCCCCGGCCAAGGUAAAGCUGUUGGCGAGAACCCCGCAGAGUCCCGCUGUCUCGGUGCAGGGCCAGGUGUCUGUGCCAGCUGUGGGGAAGGCAGUGGCCUCCGGGCCAGUCGAGGACAGCUCGGAGAGCAGUGAGGAAGAGACGGACAGCGAGGAGAAGGCUCCCCCUCCGGCAAAGCCCAGGAAGACCACCCAGGCUCGAACUGCCUUGGCCCCCACCAAGGGGUCCCCCAGGAAGGGGACUGCCCCGCCACCCCCUGGGAAGACAGGACCCACAGCCACCCAGGCUAAGAAGAGGGAGGAGGACUCGGAGAGCAGCAGCGAGGAGGAGUCGGACGGUGAUGGGGAGGCACCAGGAGCUGUGACCCCAGCUCAGAAGGAGAGUAACUCCAAAACUGUCAAAAGCAAGGCACUGGCCCCAGCCACCCCGGAGAAGAAUGCCAAGGGGUCCUCGGAGAGCAGUGACGAGGAGCUGCCGGCGAGCCAGGUGAUUAAAACCCCUCUGAUUUUUGUCGACCCUAAUCGUAGUCCAGCUGGUCAGGCUGCUACCCCUGUGCCAGCCCAGGCUGCAAGCGCCCCGAGGAAGGCCCGGGCCUCGGAGAUCACAGCCAGGAGCUCCUCCUCAGAGAGCGAGGAUGAGGAUGUGAUCCCUGCUACGCAGUGCUUGACUCCUGCCAUUAGAACCAACGUGGUGACUGUGCCCGCGGCCCAUCCUAGGACAGCCCUUGGAGCUGGCAUUGGGGCCAACAGCAGUGAGGUGUCCAGUCGGGUGACGAAAGGCAAGAAACAGGAGGCACCCACCACUCAGGUGACAAAGAGGAACCUGGCUAACCUCCCGCUGACCCAGGCUGCCCUGAAGGUCCUUGCCCAGAAAGCCAGUGAGGCCCAGCCUCCUGCUGCCAGAAUCCCAUCUUCAAGUGGGAUCGACAGUGCUCAGGGGACACUCCCUGUGGUGAGUCCCCAGAGCACCCCUGUGCAAGCCAGAGUGAGCAGCAAGCUCAGAAAGCCCAAGGUUCCUGCAGUCCAGCAGGCCACAGCCCCUCCCUUGGGACGCCCCAGAGCCAAGGCCUCAGGGACCUCAGAGGACAGCGACAGCAGCGGCAGCUCUUCGGGGAGCCGGGAGGAUGCUGAGAGGCCCCAGGUGGCCCCCUUGGCCCACAGGCUGGUAGGUCCAGCACCCUCCAGGAGUGAGACCUUGGUGGAGGAGACCACAGCGGAGUCCAGCGAGGAUGAGGUGGUAGCGCCUUCCCAGUCUCUCCUCUCAGGUUAUGUGCCCCCUGGGCUGACUGCAGCCAAUUCCCAGGCUGCAAAGGCCACUCCCAAGCCAGACGCCAACCGCUCGGUUUCCUCUGCUCCGGCCACCAAAGAUGCCCUGGACGGCAAGCGGGCAGUGGAGCCCCAACAAGCAGCAGGCACCACCACCCCUAAAACAGGCAGAAGAGAGGCCAGCCCCACACCGCAGAAGCUCGGGAAGGGGACCGAGAGCCCCCAGGCCUCAACACUGGCACUGCAGAGCGACAUCACCCGGCGCCUCCUGAGCGAGCCCUGGCCCCUGAGCGAGGCCCAGGUCCAGGCCUCGGUGGUGAAGGUCCUGACGGAGCUGCUGGAGCAGGAGAGGAGGAAGGCCGCGGACGCCGCCAAGGAGAGCCGCAAGAAGAGCCGCAAGCGGAAGCUGUCCGGAGACCAGGCGGCUGCCAGGGCCCCCAAGGGCAAGAAGAAGAAGAAGAAGCAGCAGCAGCUGGCGGCCGGGGAAGGCGGGGAGGGUGCCGUUUCCUCAGGAAAGGCCCCCAGGACUACCAAGGGGAAAUCUAAGAGGGACACGGCAAAUGGUGACAGCAAGAAGGAGGCUCCUGGCUCCCGAGGGGCCGAGGACAGGCCAGAAGGGGAGCCAGAGAGGGUGCAGGUUGAGGGUGGAGGCCAAGCCAACCCAAAGAAGAAGGAGAAAAAAAAAUCUGACAAAAAAAAAAAAGACAAAGAAAAGAAGAAGAAAGCCAAAAAGGCCUCCACCAAAGACCUGGACCCAGAACCACAGAAGAAAAAGAAGAAUAAGAAGAAGACAGCCCAGCAGACUGUCUGAGGGACACAAGGCGGCAGAAGACGACGGCCAGCCCCAGAGUUAGUGCUGGCCCAGCCCGUGAGCCCUGCAGAGAUUGGUCCGAGGAGGAGGGAGUGAGCCAGUCCGUGACCUCCACUCACUGACCCGCACCUGACUUCCGUCCUGACACAGGACACUUCUUAUAGAUGUGUACAGUACAUAUAUAUUUUUCUAAGUGACCUGCCCCUCCCUCUUCAGACUCAUCAUGCCCAGAGGCCUCGGGACCUUCCACCUCUUGCCCCUGCAGACUCACUGAGGCCCAGCCUGCUGCUCCUUCC